AUGCAGGGGGACGCGGGGGAGGGGAGUCAGCGGGGGGACGAGGGGGCCGCGGGGGCCGCGGGGGCCGCGGGGGGCGGGGAGGAUAAGGGCAGCCUGAUGAUGGAGCUGACGCGCAUGGUGCAGCGGGAGGUGAGGCACAGCAGCUGGUGGGAGAGGCAGGGCAUCGACUGCGCCAUCCUGACGGCUGCCUUCGCCGCCCUCCCUGCAGCCUUCCUCCUGCUGGGGUCGUCCCAGGCGCUGCCGUUUACACUAGGAGUGCUGGUGAUGGGGACGGCCCACGCCAUCAUCACCAUCAAAGGGACACAUCUGGCCAGCCACGGGGCGCUAAGCGAGUCCCAGGCCUGGGGGGAGGUCUGGGCCGUGUUCUUCAUCGAGGUGUGUGGUUCUUUCACUGCGAGGGCAGGUAUCCACGCCCAUGUUAAGAUGCACCACGCCCACACCAACGUGAUUGGGCUGGGCGACUCCAGCACCUGGCGCCUCCCCUUCCUGCCGCGCACCGUCUACCUGUUUCUCGCCCCCCUCGCCGUGCCCAUCAUCACCCCCCUGGUGGCAAUAGGUCAGCUGCGUGGGCAGUGCUGGGUGCUGUGUGUACGCACGGUGCUGAUGGUGUCGUUGGGUCUGUACUCGCAGUACUGGCUGCUGAUCCAUGUUUCUGGGUUCCAGUCCCCGUGCAGCACCCUACUCUGCAUGCUGCUGUGCAGAGCUCUCUACUCACUGCCCUACAUCCACGUCAACAUCUUCCAGCACAUUGGGCUUCCCAUGUUCUCCCCAACCCGGAGGCCCAAACGGAUCUACCAGAUGACCCACGGGGUGCUGAACCUGCCACGGAACCCACUGCUGGACUGGACCUUUGGACACUCUCUCAUCAGCUGCCAUGUGGAACACCACCUUUUCCCCUUUCUGUCUGACCACAUGUGUCUGAAGGUGAAGCCAGUAGUCUCCAGGUAUCUGAGAGAGAAGAAGCUGCCGUAUCAGGAGGACAGUUACCUGUCCCGCCUCUGCCUCUUCUUUCAAAAGUACCAAGAGCUGAUGGUGUAUGCCCCACCCAUCACGGAGCUGGUGGGGGUGCAGUGA